UAUAUCCGGAAUACAUAAACUUUCGUCACAGAGUUGUAGUAGGUAAUUUUAACCCAAAUUGUUUUGAGGGCGUAAAUUAUAUUUACACGUACAUUUACACCCAAUAAGUGCAAAGAAACAAGAAAAUGGCAAAUCUAAAGUCAGAUUUAGAUCAAUAUUUGCUUCAAAACGAAAGUCGUCGGAGUUAUAAAUUUAGUUUACCAAGUUUUUCAACGCCUGCCUUCCUGUCUCGUAACACUGAGGAGACUCCGACGAGCACAACAAGCAGUUGGUUCGAAGAAGUACAAAAAGAGUAUUUCACUUUGAGCAGAACACAACGAUUCUUAGGAUUUGGAAUAUGUCUAUUUCUAGGAAUCCUAUGUUUCAUACUAUCAUUUAUCUACAUACCAGUUCUUCUAUUACAAGCUAGGAAAUUUGCUCUACUGUUCACAUUGGGAAGUUUAUUCUUUAUACUUAGUUUCAGCUUUCUGUACGGACCAUGGGCACAUUUGAAGUCAAUGUUCUCGAAGGAAAGAGCUCUUACAACAUCAAUUUACAGUAUAACUUUGAUAGCGACAUUAUACUGUGCCUUACAUCUUCAAAGUACACCGUGGACCAUAGUAUGUGCUGUCUUACAAGUCAUGGCAUUGUUCUGGAUGAUGAUGGGGUCUAUACCAGGAGGAUCAUCGGGCAUGAGGUUCUUUGGAAGCAUGUUCAAAUCAUCAGUUUCAAACACAUUGCCAAUUUAACACGAAAACAUUGUGUUCUAUAUGUUUGAAAGGAUUUUUUGUCGUCUGUGGUUAAAACUGUGACUGAUGUGUGAAAUUAGUUAUAUUUUCUUACUAUCCAAUAAAAUUAUUUUAAGAUAGUGAAAUUAAUGUAAAUUUUAUAAAUUCUAGCAUUUAGAUACUAUUGGUGAUACUGCAUUUCUAUACUAUAAAUGUUAAUAUAAACCUUAAAAUUAACAUUACAUGAUUCUAAAUAAAGUGUGGUUGGUAAUCGCUCUUUUUUCAUAAUUUUUAUUUUUUAUAAAUAUUCCAUAGAAUUCUGAAAAGUUUUAAUGCAUCCACUCAAACUGAACAUGGAUUAUAUAUAUAUGGACUAUAUAUAUAUAGUCAUUUAAUU